AUGCUCAAACAACUGCUGAUAGACGGGCUGAAGGGGAGAUCUAAGGAUGAGUUGAGCGUCUUGCACAACGAGAGCGAGGAAGAAGCCAGCAGACUGUUCGAAGAACUCUGCGCGGAGAAAGAUGACGUUGAUCUAGCUACGAGGGAGUCUUACCUCACCAUUCCUCGUUUCCACAAGGCGCUGCCGAAGGAAAAUGAAGUCGUCAAGCACAAGCUACGGGAAGAAGCGCGCGCCCUCUUUCUCCAGCGCAAGUCGAAUGCGCUCAUGGACAAUGAGGAACUGCAAAAGUUGUGGUUUCUCUUGGAAGAAAAUAAAACCGAAAACGUGAUGUCCGACGACCAUUUGAUAAGCUACAGAAACUUCAAAGCGGUGGGCUCCAAGUGCUCCCAAAAGAGCCAGUCCUUCUUCACCGCGAAGACGUUCUUCAAGAUCUACACUGGCGACAAAAGUGGCCAGAUCUCAAUAAUGCAGUUUUUUAACUACGUCAUGCGCAAAGUAUGGCUGCAGCAGACGCGGAUCGGGCUCUCACUCUACGACGUGUCGGGGCGCGGCUUUCUUCGCGAAAUGGACCUAGAAAACUACAUUCUCGAGCUGAUCCCCACACUGCCUCAACUCCAGGGACUCGAGAAGACCUUCUACUCGUUCUAUGUCUGCACCGCUGUCCGCAAGUUCUUUUUCUUCCUCGACCCUCUCAAGACUAACAGAAUACGAAUACAGGACAUCCUUGCCUGCUCAUUCCUCGACGACUUGCUAGAACUGCGCGACGAAGAACUCUCACAGGAGCUGCAAGACUCAAACUGGUUCUCCGCAUCAUCUGUUCUGCGAAUCUACGGAAACUACCUAAAUCUAGAUCGCGAUCACAACGGAAUGCUCUCAAGACAAGAGCUGCAGAAAUAUGGCACGGGUUCCCUUAGUCCAGUAUUUCUGGACAGAAUUUACGAAGAAUGCCUCACCUACGAAGGAGAACUGGACUACAAAUCAUACUUGGAUUUCGUCCUUGCUUAUGAAUAUCGGCAAGAGCCCGCUUCCAUUCAAUACUUUUUUAAGCUUUUGGACAUUGACAAGAAAUCAUAUCUCACACGCUGGGACCUUAAUUUCUUCUUCCGGUCAAUUCAAGAGAUGAUGCGCGAACUGAAGCAGGAGCCCGUUAAAUUUGGCGACGUCAGCGAUGAAAUAUUCGACAUGACUCGACCAGCCGAUCCUUAUAAAAUUACUCUCCGCGACUUGAUAGACUGUGGCCAAGGUGGCACUGUGAUUCGAAUAUUAAUCGAUCUGAAUGAGUUCUGGAUCUACGAAAACCGCGAAACGCUACUUGCUGAGCAAGAAGACUAG